UGCUCUCCUACUAAUACUACCAAUGCGUUCAUUCAACACCUUGUUCGUUAUAUGUAUCAUUACAGUCCUCUCGGUCUUUGGCCAGGAGCAGACUAUGGCUUCCGAAGUAGCCGUCCCUGCUGCUGUUGCCGCGGCCGCCCCUGCCGACCAGCAGUUUGAUGAAGUCAAGCAACCUACUGUUAGUGAGGAGCGCAAGCAUGAGGAGGUCGUACGACAAAUUGAGGAGGUAGCACUUGCGAAGUCGGGGUGGAUGAAGCGUGUUGUGACGCCCACCUUCCUCGCCGGCACAUUCGUCACUAUUAUCAUGUUCGUUGUGGUUUGGAUCGGCUCGUGUUGUCUGUAUGAUAUCAGAACCCCUGAUAGAUUCGCUACUAAGGCCAUGAGCAUUCACAAGGAGUAUUAA